AUGAAUUUCAAGCCGUUCAUCGUUUUCUGUCUGAGUGCUUUCCAGGCUUAUUUGUGGGCAUGGUCGUAUAAGCUUCACGCCCCUCGUUUUCCGAGCGACUCGAUGGGUAGAUUGGACGGAGCGGCAAAUUGGGUGAAGCUGGAAGUAAACCGGGGAGGAGUCGAUGUGAUGCUAGAGUUCUUUUGGGAAGUCAUACGGCUCAUUGUGCUCUGCAAAGUUGUUAAGAGAGUCAUGGGCUAUCUUGAUGAUGCUCUUAUGAUCUUCUAUUGGAAUGUCUAUGUGCCACAUAUGCACUGCUACCUUCUUGCUUCUGGAAAUUGGAUCACGGCUCUCUGGAAGGAUGCUUGGGAGCACUCGCCAUUUCCACCACAUACUCUCGACAGGGAAAAGGAUCGCAAUUCCGAGGCCUUUCUUGAUCUGGUCACGAAGUCCGAGCCUUCACCUUGGCUCAAUCACGGUGAUUCAAAAAUCCUCCGUCGAAGUCUCCGGAUACAAGCUCGAGUGAAGCGUCUGAGCCAAGGACAGGAAUAG